AUGCGGCAUCGGUACGCGGGAGCUGUCUACCAGCACCAGAUCCCCCAGCAAAAGCAAAAGCGAGCGAGCGGGGAGCCAGACGCGCCUGUUUUCAGCCUGCCGCCCCCGCCCUCUUCUUCCUCUCAGCACCGAGACCGCGCUUCGACUACCGACGCUCACCGCCGGAGCCUCCAGGAGCUCCCGUGCGUGAGCCAGCCGGCCGCCGCCGCCCGGAAAGCGCCGCACGGCGGGGACUCGCCGGCCCCUCCGGCGGGCUCCGGCGACACCGGGGAGCAGGAUCCCUGGGCCCCGGCCCCGGCUUUUCCGGGCUGCCACUGCAGCUUUUCCAGCACCGCGCAGGAGGCGAACCAUUCACAAAACCAGCACCAUCGCGUCGCACCACCGCAGCCCUCCCCACCUUUCCCCCCGCCUAUACCGCCACCACCGACCGCCUCCUCCUUCUCGCACUCCUCCUCCUCCUCACUGCUGUUUUCUCGGGAAUCCAAACGAGGGGAUCGUCUGGGAAGGAGUGCCAAUAAUUACCAACAGGCGAGCAUCGUGGAACGCUGCAGGGGAGGAGGAGGAGCGGGAGGGCAACGAGACCACAGGCAGUUGCAGCAGCAGCAACAGCAACACUGUCAUCCAAGACUCCCACCGAGGGACUCCUCCCCGGAAGGAAUCCGUGCAAACUCCCAGAAAAGGUGCACUGACAGACGGGCGUUCGAGCCUCAGACGCAGGAGCAACAGAUCCCGCAAUUAAGAGCGCGACAGCAGCUACUGGUGGGGAGCAGUUUGCCCAUCAACCACUGCGCCAGCGGCUCUGGUGAGCUAUGUAGGACUCACCAGGCUCCACUGCUGCAUCAACAGCAACAGCAGCAACAACCGCCGCCGCCGCCGCACAGCAACAGCCCACCGCGGCAGCACUGUGAAGCCCGAGACCGCAAUAAGUGCGCAAGGACCCCCGCGCCGGGCGACUCGCACGGCGCAACGCCCCCGGCAGACGCGGCCAAGUCGAGCGCGACUGGCGGCAGCGGCCACAGCAACAGCAGCGGCAGGAGCAGAGAGAGCCCCAACUACGGCUCCAGCUAUCACCUGUGGCCCGAGAGCCCGCAUAAAGGAGAGGAGAGGAUACGCAUCGAGCUUCACAAGGCCACUACUGAAAAGAAGAAGCUGAGCCAUGCUGGAUCCAAGCCCUCCCUCUCCGAGAGCAGCGGCCGACUCCCUCAGAUAGCCAUGAACACCUGCAAGUACAAUGGCGGCGUGGUGAGACCACUCGUGGGCAGUCUGGCGUCCUCGUCGCGCCGCAACCUAGCGGAGCUCGACUCGGAAACGCAGCCCCUGCAGACGCUGCACAGCUCUGGCUUGGAGGUGGUGGUGUCCAAGGGUAAUGGCGGAGAAGACCCCAGUAAGGCGUCCAAUGAGAGCCUCGUCAGGGAGGGCAGCGGGCGUGGCGGAAGCAGGGCACCUCAGAAGAAAAACAGGGACAUUGGCUACAAGCUUGGCCACCGGCGAGCGCUGUUUGAGAAGCGCAAGCGGCUUAGUGACUACGCACUCAUCUUUGGAAUGUUUGGGAUUGUUGUCAUGGUGACGGAGACUGAAUUAUCAUGGGGGGUUUACAAUAAGGACUCUUCAUACUCGUUUGCACUGAAAUGCCUUAUCAGCCUUUCCACUGUUAUACUGCUUGGUCUUAUAAUAAUGUACCACGCACGGGAAAUCCAGCUGUUUAUGGUGGACAACGGUGCAGAUGACUGGAGGAUAGCCAUGACCUAUGAGCGGAUCUUCUUCAUCGUGCUGGAGUUGCUGGUGUGUGCCAUCCAUCCCAUCCCCGGCCGCUACAUCUUCACGUGGAAGGCCCGGCUGGCUUUUACGUACACGCCGUCCGUGGCGUACGCCGACGUGGACAUCAUCCUCUCCAUCCCCAUGUUCCUGAGACUCUACCUGAUCGGCAGGGUCAUGCUACUUCACAGCAAGCUGUUUACGGACGCUUCGUCUCGCAGCAUCGGCGCCCUCAACAAAAUCAACUUCAACACACGCUUCGUCAUGAAAACUCUCAUGACCAUCUGCCCGGGAACUGUUCUGCUUGUGUUCAGUAUAUCGUCCUGGAUCAUUGCCGCAUGGACUGUGCGCGUCUGCGAGAGGUAUCAUGACAAACAGCAAGUGACCAGUAACUUUCUGGGAGCCAUGUGGCUCAUCUCAAUUACCUUCCUCUCCAUCGGCUACGGGGACAUGGUACCGCACACGUACUGUGGGAAAGGCGUGUGUCUGCUUACAGGGAUUAUGGGAGCUGGUUGCACUGCACUUGUGGUUGCAGUGGUGGCCAGGAAGCUGGAGCUGACCAAGGCAGAGAAGCAUGUCCACAACUUCAUGAUGGAUACACAACUCUGCAAACGAGUAAAGAACACAGCUGCCAAUGUACUCAGGGAAACAUGGCUCAUCUACAAACACACCAAGUUGGUCAAAAAGAUUGAUCACGCCAAGGUGCGGAAACACCAACGCAAGUUUCUCCAAGCCAUUCACCAAGCUCAGAAACUGCGCAGUGUGAAGAUGGAGCAGAGGAAGCUCAAUGAUCAAGCCAACACCUUGGUGGACCUGGCGAAGACCCAGAAUGUGAUGUACGACCUGGUGUCAGAACUCCAGGAACGCAGCGAGGAGCUGGACAAGCGAAUCGGCACAUUAGAGGACAAGCUGGACUCGGUGACGGGCAGCCUGCAGGCGUUGCCGUGCCUCAUCUCCCAAGCCAUAACCCAGCAGCAGCAGGACUUCCUGGACGGCUUCGUUCACCGCUUCCGCCCCGCGUCACUAGCCUCGGAGCGCUCGGAGCGUUCCGAGCGCUCCUGGACGUCCACCGCCCGCAGGCGGCGCUCGCCGUCCACCGCACCGCACACCUCCUCCGAUAGCGGAUAA